UAAUUCAAAGAUGGCGGCUGUUGUUUAUUCUAAUUUUUUUUAAUUUCUUUUCUUGCUAAUUUUCAUUGUGAUUAUAAUAAAAUUUAUCAGUUUAUUGUGAAUAAAUUGUCAAUAAACAUAAUUUAAUACUCAUUACAUAAUGUAUUAUUAUUGCAAAUAUAAAAACAAUUAAAUAAACAAUAUUUUCUCUUAAAAAAAAAAAAGAAAUAAUAAUUUACAAUUUAAAAUAUUGGAGAUAUUCUUUGAGCAAUGAUUAACAACAAUGUGAGUGUGUGUUGAAAUGUUAAAAAAAAAAAAAAAAAUCUCUGAUAUUACAUAGAUAUUACGAGAGCAUUUUGUCGUUGUGUCGUCGUUGUGAUUUAUAAAUUUAAUUUUUAACUAAAAACAAACAAUAAAAUAAAUAAAUAAAAUGUCAAAAGUUUAUUUAAACUUAUGCAUUUAAUUUAUAAAUUAUUAUUUACAUUUAAUAUUAUUAUUUAAAGAAAAAUAUAAAACAAUUAAUUUACCAGACAUUUAUGUUUAAUAAUAAUAAUUAUUAUUAUUGUUAUUAUUAUUAUUAUUUUUAUGAUAAUAAUAUUGUGAAAUAAUAAAUUAUUUACAUUUUGACAAUUGUCUCUCUUGGUGUGUCCGUGUGUGUUUAUACUAAAAAGUUUAAGUGACAAUAUAUGCAAUAUAUUAUUUAAAUAAUUAAAAAUAUAGGUAUAUUAAGUGAUUGGAGUUUUUAAUUAAGCCGGACUUCGGCCCGGUAUCAAAAAAUCUUGAUAGACCAUGCUGAAACAAUUACAGAUGGGGAUGAGGGCUUUCCUUCUUAUGGCUUCCCGUGUGUGGACCUGCAUUUGCUUUUUAUUAAAAAAGCAGGUUAGAACUAUAUCGCAAAUGCAACCAGUUAAAUAUGAAAUAUUUCCAUUAUCACCAUUGUCAAGGCACAGACUCAGUAUUGUUAAAAGAAAAGUACUUGUUUUGGAUCUUGAUGAAACAUUGAUACAUUCACAUCAUGAUGGAGUUGCAAGACCAACAGUUAGACCAGGUACACCACCUGAUUUUGUUCUCAAAGUAACAAUUGAUCGUCAUCCUGUUAGAUUUUUUGUUCACAAACGACCACAUGUUGAUUUUUUUCUGGACAUUGUUAGCCAGUGGUAUGAAUUGGUGGUAUUUACAGCAUCAAUGGAAAUAUAUGGUGCAGCUGUUGCUGAUAAAUUAGAUAACAACCGAGGUAUAUUGAGACGUAGAUAUUAUAGACAACAUUGUACACCUGAAAUGGGUUCAUAUACUAAAGAUUUAGCAACAAUAUGUUCAGAUUUAGCAUCUGUUUUUAUAUUGGAUAAUAGUCCUGGUGCAUACAGAGCAUAUCCACAUAAUGCAAUACCAAUUAAAUCUUGGUUCAGUGAUGCUGGCGAUACUGCUUUAUUAAGUUUACUUCCUGUUUUAGAUGCUCUACGAUUUACACAGGAUGUACGUUCAGUUUUAUCAAGAAAUUUACAUCUACCUCAUACUGGGUAGCUAAAUAUAUUUUCUUUCCAUUCCCUGCCUUUUGUCCCCUCAUCAUUUCAAUGACUCAACCUAGUGUAGACUAGACAAAACUGCUAUAAAAAAAAAAUAAUAAUAAUAAAUAAAUAAUUAUUAUAAGGAAAAAAAUAAAAAUUAGUUUGUCGAAAGUUAGAAUUAAAUAUUGUUAUUAAAUUAGAUUAUAGGACAUUCAAAUAAUGAUUAUUAAAAAGAAACAUAGUCCUAAAGUAUUUUUUUUUUUUAAUUUUAUUUUUUCUAUUGGGAUACAAUGAAGUUGACGUGAUUUAAACAGUGAAAUUUGAUUGAUUUUUGAGGAUUUAUUGAUGAAAAAAAAGACAGUGUAAUAUUGGCGAUAAAAAAAAAAGAAAUAUUGACAUUUGUGGAAGCACAAUAUAUAUAUUUAGGGUUUUCUUCUUCCCUUGAAUGCUUCACGACUUUUUAUUUAAUUUUUUUUUUUAUUCAUCUUGAUUAUUUUAAUGUACAUAAUUUACAAUAAAAAAAGAAAUUAAAUCCUUUCGUGCAUCAGCCAAAGAUCAAUACUCACAAAUGACGUGUAAAAU